AUGGCGCAUGCAACUGCCGGCGCGGACGCCGACCUGCACAAACGGAAACGCGACUUUGACGACAGCGGCCUGCAGCACGGCCACUACCCGACUGGCCAUCAUCAACAAGGCGCCGCCGGAUACAUCAACUACUUGCCCAAGCCCAACGCCGAGCGACUGCCGCUCGUGCAAGGCGAUGCGGAUACCUUUGGCGACAUCAUCGGGUUGAUCGGGGACCUCGCCGCGAACCUGGGCGCCAAGCUGACUGGGCCUCGACUGCUCAAGGGAAUUGAAAGAUUCUUCGACGGGCCCAUCAAGACCAACAAUUCACAGCCAUUCUCCAAUCCCGUCAGCUGGCUCGACGUUGUCUCUUUUGCCAAGGCGAAUCCAAAUGACUUUGUCCUGACAUCGAUGCCCGACGGGUCGCGAUGCUGCCAGUUCAUGUGCAAGGGCGUGCGCACCGAGAUCACCGAAGACGACUGGCGGCUGAUAUCUUCGGGCGCCCUCGACCGAUUCCCGUUGGAGCACCCGUUCGAGGAGGACGAGACGGCGGAGCUGGCCACGCUAGACAUCCUGGAGCAGCGGACGUCGAUGUUGUACAAGAAAGCCGAUGAAGUCGCCGCGCGGGCCCGGAUACUGCACCACAAGCUAGGCCACCGGAAAAACGACCUUAGUCGGCGGAGGAAGACACACGAUGUCGGAAGCACCAGAUUCCAUGCGGCCAACCAUGCGCCGAGGUCUUCGGGGUUCAAUCCCUCCUACGACCUGCAUGCCGAUCUCUUGCAGCAGUUUCUAACACCCGCUUCCUCCAUGGUUCCGUCGAGGUCAACUUCGGGAGCCGGAGUCUCUGUCACCAGCCUCGGCCCCGUGUCGCCAUCUAUAAAUCCCUCUCACCAACACCGAUUGUCAGGGCAGUCUGGCCGCUCCUCCACUGGCAACCCUCCAGAUGCUGCCGCCCAGGCCGCGGCGGACAGUCGGGGGGAGAUGUACAGGUCGCUCAUCACCCAGAGCACCGAUAAACUCGGAAAGGGCGACGUCAUCAACCCGCCAUGCGACCGGUGCCGGCGCUUAAGGCUCCAGUGCAUCAAGCACCUAACAGCCUGCCAGGGGUGCACCAAGAAACACGCCAAGUGCAGCUGGAAGACGGUAACGGACGAGGAGAUUGCCCGUCUGAAAUACGACAUGGGCGUCGAAGUCGAGCAAGAAUGCGAGCAAGAGGGCGGACUACCUGGUCUACGAGAGUCUCGCAUAGCCAGAGCCGGGGACACAACACCGGCGACGCUAAAUACCGAGGGCGUGUCACGACCCGCGAGCAGAGCAGAUACGGAACUAGGCAUUCCGCCCAUGUACAGCCCGGAUCCGAUAUCAAUGAGCAGGCAAGAAGGCGGGCAUCAAGACGCGCGACGGCCGCACUUGUCCCUUGGCCCGCUGGGAACUCCAUCGCCGCGAGAGCAUCCUCGCCUGAGUAACAUUUCGUCGCUCAUAUGCGACCACGACUAUGGGCGGCCACCACAACACGGACCUUCCAACCCGCCAUCCCGUUGA